CUUGAAAAGGCCGCGCACAGGAACUCGCUCGCAGGCCGAGCUCAGAGACUGUUCAUCACUGCAGAAGAACGACGUCAUCCCGUUGAGGAGCAAGACGAAUCUGCUCCUAUUCGGCCCAGCGAUUAUUCACUGGACUUCCGGAAUACCCCUGCGACCCGCGCAUGCAACACCGCGAAGGUCACAAUCAUGGCACAUGUAGACAUGCUGUUUAACCAGCUGCAAAAGAGGAACAUCGACUCUGUCUACAUCACAGGAGUCAUUCAGAGGUUCACCGACAGCAUACAAGCUAUCAGGGACUCCGUUCCUCUAUCUGUGCAGCAGCCAUCCACAAAAGAACGGAGGGCCCUAGGCCAAGAGGAGCAGCACCGGUUAGCUACAGAGGUAUGUGAUACCAUUCUGAAUCAUGCCAAGGAGAGGUUCUCUUUCACCAAGCACCUCAUCAGUGCCACUCUGCUGCAAGGAGACUUGUUCCCCCAACACAGCGUAAAGUUCCAAGAUUCAGCGCUGGAAACCACUGUGGAAGCCUACCCCACACUGGACAAGGCCAAACUGAAGACAGAAUUGUCCCUGGUCUAUGAAAAUGAAGAGUUCAUGGCUUGCAGUGGCGCACUGGCUCUCUUCCAGGUUUUCAUGGAAAACAACCUUCAGGACACAUUCAGCGAGACUGUAAGUCUUUUAAAGAUUCUCAUCACCACACCGAUGACCACAGCAGAAUCAGAGAGGUGCUUCUCUACUUUAAAGAGGAUAAAAACAUUCCUUAGGAACACCAUGGCACAAGACCGCCUGAACGCACUGGCUAUGCUCUCCAUGGAGAAAAACCUCAUACAGAACAUUCCUGACUUUAACACCAAAGUCAUUGAGAAGUUUGCCACUCAGAAAGACAGAAGAGCAAAGUUCAUGUACAAAUAAGAGCACUCACUCCCUCUCACACAUACUCUCAAACUCACUCACACACACUCUCAAAUUCACUCACACACACUUUCAAACUCACACACUCACUCACUCACAAACUCACUCACACUCUCAAACUCCCUCACUCACACACAAACACAUACACUCACACUCUCAAACUCACUCACUCACAAACAAACUCACACAUAAACUCACUCACUCAUACAACUCAAUAUUUACACACAGUCUCCAGGUUUCAAGGGAGUGAGACAUAAAUGCUGAUUAGACUCCAAUUGGUACAUUUUAUGUUCCUAUACCAGUUUUUCUGUAUAUAGUUAACUUUAAUCAUCCACCUGUAAAUAUUACAAUAAUAUACAAUGAUAUUGUAAUUUGUACUAAGAGUAUUCACUAAUACAUGUAAUCCAAUUGGUACAUUUUAUGUUCCUAUGAGACAGUUUUUCUUUGUAUAUAGUUAUUUUUAAUCAUCAACCACUUGUAAAUGUCUCUCAAGAACUUGAAUUUUGUAUUAAGAGUAUUCACUAAUAUACAUCUCAUAUCAUUGUCAUUAUCUGUCAAACUGUUGUUUUUAAAGGGCAAUUAAAUAAUUAUUGUUUAUCCCUAAAACAAUGGUAUCUUUUGGUUUGGGUUCUUUUAUUAGGAUAGUUACCGAAAGCUUCUGGCACCUACAGCCCCACCUAGAAUAAUUUUCACCAGCCGCCACUGAUUGUUAUGCAGUCCGUCCUGUGCAAACAAGGGAAAGCGAUUCCAGGAUAAAUUGAAGUUGUGAAUAAGACCAACGUUGUGAGUGGAGCAUACGGACUGGAGCCAGGUGUGGAUGAGAAAAGAGUGUUUUAAUUUUUCAAGAGUUAGGUUAUCAGAACAUGUUACAGGAACAGAAUAUACUUCCUUAACAAUUUUGCCAGAAGCACCAAUGGAGUGUGGGAAUCUACCACUUUCAUGGGGAUGGAACAUGAAAUCAUCUCACCUUAUCACAAUGUGUUGCACCAGAAUCAACCAAAAACAUCAAAAACUGCAGUGUCCCAUUUAGCAUAUCUGCUUGUAAAGUUAUUGUUUCAUUUCAUUUCUAAUAAAUCCAAUAUAAUGGUAUAGUCCAUAUUCAAAAAUUCUAACCAUGUGAUAUCUUCAAAUAUAAGUGUGGGUGUAUGUGUCAGCUAGAGUCUGUGUCGCUAUCUUGUUAGAGUGGUUUGGGUGUUAUACCGUGUAUCUCGGGCGUGUAAGGGAAAUGUAACAUGUGACCAUAAUAUAAUCAUGUUUAUUUCCCCUUUGAUUGAUCAUGAUUGAAUCUCUAACAAUGUGACCUUGAUCAUGCUCUUUCCUGUACUACUGAAUGAAUCUUGGCCUGAUUUCUCUAGGCACAGUAAACUAAUUAGACCAGACACUCUAACCUUAUUAUGCUGUUUUCAUGUACUACUGAAUGAAAUUGACCUGAUUGCCUUAACUAGGCAUUGUUUGUAUUCAUGUGAUCAGAGAUUCUCAACCUUUGACUGUUUAACAAACCUCCUCCAGAGUGGGAGGGGUUAGCCAAAUGUAUAAGAACAAAGAACUGUUUUCUAUCUGGGUGCAUAUUACAAACUAAACUUUGUCGUAUACACCAUGCUCUAGCAUUAAAGGAAGGUGACAAUA